AUGUAUCUGAGGAUAGAAAAGGAAAGGUAUAAUUACUCCACUGUGUUCCAGGAUAGUAUAGGGAAGUAUAAGGGAAGGUAUAUUUACUCCCCUGUGUUCCAGGAUAGUAUAGGGAAGGGAUCUGAUGAUGUAGUUCAUGAAGCUGGUGAUGUGGUUCCUCUACCCCCGGAUGGAGGAUGGGGUUGGGUUGUUUGUUUAGCUUCUUUUCUGUGUAUGGUGGUUUUGGACGGGAUAGCUUAUACAUUCGGUUUCCUUCUCACACCGCUUGUGGAACAUUUUCAAUCCGACAGGAGUACCGUAUCCUGGGUUGGUAGUUUACUUUGUGGGAUGUAUAUGCUCUCCGGGCCCAUAGUUGGUGGUCUAGUAAAUAGAUUUGGAACUCGUCCUGUGUGCAUUGCAGGAGCAAUUCUAGCCUGGUCUUCCAUAUCUUUAUCAACUCUGUCAGUGAAUGUACCUAUGCUGAUGGUCACAUACGGAGUUAUUGGAGGGUUUGGACUAGGGCUAAUCUAUCUACCCGCGGUGGUUGCUGUUGGGCACUACUUUGAAUCUAAGAGAGCCCUGGCGACAGGAAUAGCUGUCUGUGGUUCAGGAGUUGGAACAUUCCUCUUCGCUCCUCUCUCUUCCUGGCUCAUUCAGAACUAUGAUUGGAAAACUGCAAACCUUAUCUUUGCUUCAUUCUUCUCUAUUUGUAUCAUCUGUGGAGCUGCUCUUAAACCCUUAGAGAUAUCAACGCCUGGAGAGACGAAGGUAGAACGGUUGACCCUGGAGCUACCUGAUGGUACAGUUGGAGAGAACAAAAACAAUUUAAACCAAGGUAUAUCAAAGAUUGGAAGUGUCCCCAAGAGGAACGAGCUAAGUGACCCCAGCGAGGCCGGUGAGCUUGAGGAUGGGAUCGAGGAGCUCCCGAUCAUGUCUCGAAUGCCUUCAAGACGAGCUCGAAAAGUGUCACUGCCAUCUGGACAUGUAUCAAUGGAUCCUGGUAGGAUAGAUAGGAACUACUCCUCAGUUCAGCUCUUAUCCCUCAGGCCGAUGAGCUCCUCUAUGUCUGUGGUGUCGAUGACGUCCUUGAAGAGGUCCCAGAGCCAGGCAAAGCUCUCUAAACCAUUCCAAAGGAAGGAUAUUUUCUUCUCUUUUCUUCCCCCCCCCCUUUUCCUAUACAGUUCCAAAGAUGGAGUGGGAGAGGAGUUCAUGUCAAGAGGUUCCCUUGUCAACGAGCAGCUCAAGGAAAGUGAGAGUGUUAUCUCUGUGCUGAAAUCAAUGAUGGAUUUUUCUCUACUGAAAGAACCAAAAUUUCUUCUAGUAAGUGUAAGUAACCUGUUCGGGUUUUUGGGUUUCUAUGUACCGUUCAUGUACCUUCCUAGUCUUGUAGGAUCCAACCCUGGUAUAUCAGAGAAUGAGGCGGCCUUUAUCCUCUCUGUUAUUGGGAUAUCUAACACAGUUGGGCGGAUUCUAACUGGUCUACUCGCGGAUCAACCCUGGUCCAACGCUCUCACUCUCACCUCCCUUUCUCUCAUCCUCUCAUCCGUCUGCGUCUUCCUCUUCCCCUUCGUGACAACCUACACCGUCUUCAUUAUCCUGUCCUCCGUCUUCGGUCUGUUCGUGUCCGCCUACAUCUCCCUAACGUCUAUAAUGCUGGUUGAUCUGGUGGGUAUUGAUCAACUUACAAGUUCAUUUGGACUUGUCACUAUGUUCAGGGGUGGUUCAGCCAUGCUGGGCCCGCCCCUCGCCGGAGCGGUGUUUGAGGCAACAUCAAGUUUCAUGUAUUCUUUUAUCAUGGCCGCCGGGUUCUUCCUAGCAGCUGGUAUAUUCUGCUUUGCCGCAGAUCUGUUACGGAGAAGAGAAAUAAACCAGACCAUUGAAUAGAACAACCCGGAGAAGGGAGAUAAUCUCAACCAGGGUAAAAGAAACAACCUUUAUUAUCUCUUGUCCGCUUAAAUACAAUCCAAUUGUUGUUUUCAUCGAUCUGUCCGCAUAACUUUUUAUCUGUAAAUAAAUGUGCCUUAAAGUA